AUGACUGAGGUGCUCCAAUCCCCAUCCCCAUCUCACUUCCCUUCACCCUCAAGCUCUUCCACACCAUGUGCUCCACCUACACCCAAUGAUGGGCCAUUCCCACAUGCCCUUAUUAACAGUCCCACAAUAGAAGACAGUCUCCAAGGCUAUUUGGGCUCAGAGGAAGAGGAAGAAGAAGAAGAAGAAGAAGAGGAAGAGGAAGAGGAAGAAGGAGAGGAAGAAGAAGAAGAAGAAAGGAAAAGGAAAGAAAGGGACAGAGAAGGAGAUCAACUUUCGCUCUUGACACUUUUGGUGACUGCUUUCAGGAGGUCUUUGAUUGGGGGGUGUAGUAGUACUACUAGCACUGAUACUGGUAGAGGAAAGCUGUCUUCUAUGGAGAUUGGUUGGCCUUCAAAUGUCAGGCAUGUUGCCCAUGUCACCUUUGAUCGCUUCAAUGGCUUUCUUGGUUUGCCUUCUGAGCUUGAACCCGAGGUUCCCAGGAGGGCUCCCAGUGCUAGUGCAAAUGUUUUUGGGGUUUCAACGGAGUCUAUGCAGCUUUCAUUUGAUGCCAGAGGAAACAGUGUCCCCACAAUACUCAUUUUGAUGCAGAGACAUUUGUAUGCACAAGGUGGUCUUCAGGCAGAAGGAAUCUUCAGAAUUAAUGCCGAGAACAGUCAGGAGGAGUAUGUUAGGGACCAAUUGAAUAGGGGAGUAAUACCAGAGGGCAUUGACGUGCACUGUUUGGCGGGUCUUAUUAAGGCUUGGUUUAGAGAACUACCAACUGGUGUGUUGGACUCUCUCACGCCAGAGCAGGUAAUGCAGUCCCAGUCGGAAGAGGAGUGUGCUCAGCUUGUUAGGCUCCUACCCCCAACAGAAGCCGCACUAUUGGAUUGGGCAGUAAAUCUAAUGGCUGAUGUUGCACAAAUGGAACACUUCAACAAGAUGAAUGCCCGCAAUAUUGCCAUGGUGUUUGCACCAAACAUGACUCAAAUGGUAGAUCCUUUGACUGCAUUGAUGUAUGCUGUCCAAGUGAUGAAUUUCCUCAAGACUCUUAUUGUCAAGACACUAAGAGAAAGAGAAGAGUCUAUGGUAGAAACAGCCCCUGUCCCCCGCCUAGAGCCUACUGAUGAGGAUGGGCACCAAAGUACUUUUCAACCAUAUCUCAAAGAGGCCAACAAGGAGGCUAACAAGGAAAAUGAAGAGGAGAAUGUAUUUGUUGGCGAAGAACCUGAUUUAGAAAGCCCGGCUCAUUCUGCACAAGAUGACUCCACAACUGGAACUGGAUCUCAAACUUUCCUAUCUUCUAUCAAGAAUAUCAUUCCUGGAGGAAAUUGGUUUCUGGCUGAUAAUUGUCCAUGUGAGGUUGUAUCCCAAGUUAACUCUUUGACAAAUGGGCUCCAAGAAGAUGGUUCAACAUGUGCAGGUAGAGAGGCUCAACCCAACAUUUGGAAGAGCAAAACAGGUCAAUCAAGUGGUUCGAAUCUGAAGAAGGGAUCCAAGAAGGUUAACGAGCAGCUAAUGAUUCAGACGGCUGGGCCUGCAGACAAGAGCAAGAGAACUGGAAUUCUUAGCCGCAUUAAUUCGAGGACAGAGCUGGCUGAAGGUUGGCGUUGA